AUGAUCAUAUCAUCUUAUGAUGAACUGGAUGACCAAUUCAAUGACUCUGAUGAACCAAUUCUAGACCAGGAUAUAGUAAUGGAAUCCAACGAAAUUGAUAAUGAAGAACAAGAUCAAGUCAUAGCAGAUAUUGCUAUCCAAAAUCUAGACUAUGAUUAUAAACCAAAAGAACUAGAUGCAAAAAAUUGGAAAGAAAAAACAGCACAAUAUAAA